CCUGGCACUACCAUCAUUCCCUCCAAACGCCUUUCUCUCGCCUUUCUCUCUCUUCCUUGCUUUCACUUUCUCUCUCUUCCCAACCCUUUGAAGGUCUACAUUUUCACAAUUUUAUCAUCGAAGGUUGAAUCUUUUUUACUGUUACCGCACAUUUAUCUUAAUUUUGAUUUUCCCCUUGAUUCUUCUUGAUACAAGACCAUUGCUUAAAGAAAAAUUCUACUGUGUUGUAUCUGCAUUUCCUUUCUUCCUACAGUAUGUCAGUUUCCCUUAGAGAUCUUGAUCCUGCAUUCCAGGGAGCUGGUCAAAAGGCAGGCCUGGAGAUAUGGAGAAUUGAAAAUUUCUGUCCUGUACGUGUCCCUAGCUCCUCUUACGGAAAAUUUUAUACCGGAGAUUCUUAUAUUAUUUUAAAGACAACAACUUUAAAGAGUGGUGCGUUAUGUCAGGAUAUACAUUAUUGGCUUGGGAAAGAUACUUCUCAAGAUGAAGCUGGUGCUGCAGCUGUCAAAACUGUGGAGUUGGAUGCAGCUCUGGGUGGUCGUGCUGUCCAAUAUAGAGAAGUACAAGGUCAUGAAACAGAGAAGUUUCUUUCAUAUUUUAAACCAUGUAUCAUACCAUUGGAAGGUGGAGUUGCGUCCGGUUUCAAGCAUCAUGAAUCUGAAGAAUAUAAGGCGCGCCUUUAUGUAUGUAGGGGGAAACAUGUAGUUCACGUAAAUGAGGUUCCUUGUGCCCGAACCUCAUUAAAUCACGAUGAUAUAUUCAUUUUGGACACUGAAUCAAAAAUAUUUCAAUUUAAUGGAUCCAACUCUUCCAUUCAAGAGAGAGCUAAAGCAUUGGAAGUUGUUCAAUAUAUUAAAGACAACAAUCAUCAUGGAAAAUGUGAUAUAGCUGCAAUCGAGGAUGGAAGGUUGAUGGCUGAUGCUGAAUCGGGUGAAUUCUGGGGUUUUUUUGGUGGAUUUGCUCCUCUACCGAGGAAAACAGCUAGUGAAGGUGAUAAAAAUGCUGAUCCAACUCCUGCUAAGCUUUUCCGGGUUGAGAAGGGACAGGCAGAACCAGAAGAAGCUGACUCUUUAACUAGGGAGCUACUUGAUACAAAUAAAUGCUAUAUUCUAGACUGUGGUACUGAAGUUUAUAUAUGGAUGGGAAGGAAUACCACUCUUGAUGAUAGGAAAACUGCAAGUGGAGCAGCAGAAGAAUUGCUUCGAAGUCUUGAUCGUCCAAAGUCUCAUGUUAUUCGUGUCAUUGAGGGAUUUGAGACAGUUGCCUUCAAAGCAAAAUUUGGUUUAUGGCCUCCAACUGCUGAGGUUGCUGUAUCUGAAGAUGGAAGAGGCAAGGUCGCUGCUCUCCUCAAACGUCAGGGUGUUAAUGUGAAAGGACUUGUUAAAGCUGAACCUGCAAAAGAUGAACCCCAAGUAUACAUUGACUGCACAGGAAAUUUGCAGGUUUGGCGCAUAAACAACAAUAAGAAAAAUCUCCUUUCUGCUUCAGAACAGUCAAAGUUCUACAGUGGAGAUUGCUAUAUAUUUCAGUAUUCAUACCCUGGAGAAGACAAGGAGGAACAUCUUAUUGGGACAUGGUUUGGAAAGCAAAGUGUUGAGGAAGAACAAACAUCAGCUAUUGCCCUGGCUAGCAAGAUGGUGGAAGCUAUGAAAUUUGUUCCAACUCAGGCUCGUUUUUAUGAAGGAAGUGAGCCGAUCCAGUUCUUUGCUAUCUUUCAAAGCUUUAUUGUUUUCAAGGGUGGACUGAGUGAAGGGUACAAAAAGUACAUUACGGAUAAUGAACUUCCUGAUGGUACGUACACAGAGGAUGGUGUAGCUUUGUUUCGAGUUCAAGGUUCUGGACCUGAUAAUAUGCAAGCUAUUCAAGUAGAUUUGGCUCCAUCAUCUUUAAAUUCUUCAUACUGUUACAUAUUACAUAGUGGCUCCACUAUAUUUUCAUGGUCUGGAAAUCUCACAUCGUCAGAUGAUCACGAGCUUGUCGAGCGGCAGUUGGAUAUCAUCAAGCCAAAUUUGCAGUGCAAAACAUUAAAAGAAGGAGCAGAAUCCGAACAAUUCUGGCAGUUAUUAGGAGAAAAAGCUGAAUACCCAAGCCAGAAGAUAGCUAGAGAAUCGGAAAGCGAUCCUCACUUAUUCUCGUGCCAUUUCUCUAAAGGAGUUUUGAAGGUGACAGAAAUAUACAACUUCUCCCAGGAUGAUCUAAUGGCUGAAGAUAUAUUUUUAUUGGAUUGUCACUCAGAUAUAUUUGUGUGGGUUGGACAACAAGUGGAUUCUAAGACCAAAUUGCAAGCUUUGACUAUUGGGGCGAAAUUCGUGGAGCGUGAUUUUCUUCUUGAGAAGCUCUCUCCUAAAGUGCCUAUCUAUGUUGUCAUGGAAGGGAACGAACCCCCUUUCUUCACUCGCUUUUUUACGUGGGACUCGGCAAAAUUUUCUAUGCAUGGAAACUCUUUUCAGAGAAAAUUAGCGGUAAUGAAGAAUGGAGGGAUCCUGACUGUGGAUAAACCGAAGAGGAGAACGCCUGUAUCAUAUGGGGGGAGAUCGAGUGUUCCUGACAAAUCACAGAGUCGUUCAAGGAGUAUGUCUUUCAGCCCAGAUCGUGUUCGAGUAAGAGGAAGGUCUCCUGCAUUUAAUGCCCUUGCUGCUACUUUUGAGAAUACAAAUGCUAGGAACCUUUCAACACCACCUCCAAUCGUUAGGAAGCUUUAUCCAAAAUCAGGCACUCCAGAUUCUGCUAAUCAAGCUCCAAAAGCUGCUGCUAUUGCAGCACUUACGGCAUCAUUCGAGAAAACUCCUCGAGAACCUGUUAUUAUACCUCGCUCCCGUAAAGUGAAUCCAGAAUCUCCGAAAGAAACACCAACUCCGGAGUCAAAUUCCAAGGACAAAUCCAUGGGUAGCAUACAAGAGGAUUCCAAGGAAGAUGAGGCUGAAGACGAAGAGGGACUUACAACGUACCCAUAUGAACGCUUAAAGACAACAUCUGAAGAUCCUGUUAUCGAAAUUGAUGUCACUAAGCGAGAGACCUACCUUUCUGCAGCAGAAUUCAAAGAAAAGUUCGGGAUGACAAAGGCAGAAUUCUAUAGGCAACCCAAGUGGAAACAGAAUAAGCUCAAAAUGGCAUUGCAAUUGUUUUGAGUUUCAAUUCAGAUCUUCUAAUCAUCUACCGAUAUUACAUGUCGAAGUAUCUUGCAAAUGGAAUCGUGAUACUAGUUUCAUGUUGGUGUGAAGGGACAGCAUCAGUGUUUUUUGGCUAAUUCUGCUCCCAAUAACUUUAUUUAUUUAUUUAUUUUUAUUUCAGAGUAAUACAUGGGUGAUUAGGAAAUGUUGGUGGAACAUAUAUUUAUUUAUUUAUCCAUAUCUAUGCAAUGGAGCAGCUGGUAUGGUACCUUGUUUUUUUGGGGUUCUUUGAAUUUAGUAAUGUUACAUUCUUUUUAGGUCACACCAUUGAGGUGAAGUUGCAUUUUUGUUUCAUUCUGGUUGAAUAUGGGGUUCAACUUCGAAUGAUGAGGGAUUACAGGAAUUUAAAGUCAGUUCCUUUGUAGGUUACUUGUACUGAAGAUCAAGGUUUUGUACAGAAAGAGUGUAAAAGCCUAGUCCAGAGUUUUCAUUUUUUUUAAUAAUAAUAAUAAUAAUAAUAAUAAUAAUAAUGUGUCCUAUUUUUUUGUUCUUUGUUUUGGUUGUCUAAUGCCUAUUCAGUUUUGUAGUUUGAUUUUAGUUUAUUCAUGGCAAA